AAGUAACUGUCUUGAAUCAUCUGUUUAACGCCAAACAACGAUCAUAAAAGGAAAGUCUAUUUACUUGUGAUAAAUCUGCGUAAAAUGUGUAAAACAAAGUGUUAAAAUGGCAGAAUACAAAAGUGAAAAAAUCUUAAUAUCCUUUAUGUGCCAAAGGUGUUCACAACCCAUAAAAUUAGAUGAUUCUUUAAGUUCAUUCAGUGAACAUAUUUCAGCUGAACUGAAUUUGCCCAUACAUUCCAAUCCAGAUGUAGAUUUAGAAUCCCAAGCUACGAGUUUUGAUCAGUAUAUUCCUGCAUGUCGACUGGUUGAUUCAGGAAAUGGUUUUAUGCUGAUAUCAGAUGAAAACGAAGUAGAUUCACUUAGUCACGCUUAUAAGAAAAAAGCAGCUUUAUUCGAUACUCUCUCAGGCAACUCAAAUAUUGAUCACCCUUUGUGUGACGAAUGUACAGAUUAUCUAUUAGAAAUACUAGAACAAGAAUUAAUAGAUACGCAAACUGAUUACGAUGAUUACCUCAGAUAUUACAAAAUGCUCCAGAACGAUACGAACGAACCAAAACUCUCAGAACUGGAAAAGGAGUUGGAAGAUUUGAAAGCUGAAGGCAACAGGUUUUUGGAAGAAUUGGAAGCCUUGAAAAAGGAAGAAAUUGAGUUACAAAACGCAAUCAAGGAACAAGAAGCUGAAGCUAGGAGACUUGACAAGGAACGCAAUAUCUACUACAAAGAGUACACCAAGCAUCAAAAGAAUUAUACUCAAGCUUGCGAAGAUGCUAAGAGUUUGGAGUGCCAGUUGAAUUACACUCAAAUCCAACUCGACAAACUCAAGAAAACCAACGUCUUCAACGCAACCUUCCACAUCUGGCACAAAGGCCACUUCGGCACCAUCAACAAUUUCUGCCUUGGAAGGCUGCCUUCGGCUCCUGUCGACUGGUCUGAAAUCAACGCAGCUUGGGGUCAAACUGCACUCUUGCUCUCUGCACUUGCACGCAAAAUAAAUCUGACCUUUGAAAGAUACAGAUUAGUGCCAUACGGCAAUCACUCGUACAUUGAGGUAAUUGGCGAACAAAAAGAGUUCCCUUUGUACGGUUCGGGCGGUUUUAAGUUUCUGUGGGACACUAAGUUUGACAACGGAAUGGCCGCGUUUUUAGACUGCUUACAACAGUUUCAGGAAAAGGUGGAGAAAUUGGAAAAGGGGAAUAAACAGUUUUGUUUUCCGUAUCGAACAAAUAAGGGGAAAAUUGAGGACAAUGACGCGAGUUACUCAAUAAAAAUUCAGUUAAAUUCUGAGGAACAAUGGACCAAAGCAAUGAAAUUUAUGUUAACGAAUUUGAAGUGGGGUCUAGCUUGGAUUUCAUCACAGUUAAAUAACGAUAUAGAAGAGAAAAUGCAAACGGAAAAUUAGUGUUAUUGCAUGUUUAGUAUUUUUUAUAUUUAAGUAAUUUUAGUACCUACAAGUAAAUUACGAAAUCUAUACCAUAUUUUUGUUAUGAAAAUGACUGAUGUUGUUGUAAUUAUGUUCAAUAAAUUUAAAGUAGCCAA